AUUAAAGACAAUGAAAUUCCCUAUCGAUUGAUUUUGAAUUUUCAUCAUUUCGCCAAAAAAUGAUUAUCUUAUGAAUACUUUUGUUUACGGAUUUUUGCAUUUUACAUCUGUGAAGUGUGAACUUUAAACUAAAAAUACUCAAAAUUUUCAGGGAGAACAUGUGUUGUAUUAAUUUUUAAAUCACAGAAAAUGUUUGUAAGUGUAGCCUCUUUAGAGCGGUCUUCUUCCCAAAGCUCUAUCGUUCACCAUACAAAAGUUCUCGAUGUUCGAAGUUGCGAAAACAAGGUAAAAACCAGCUGCGCGUACUAAGUAUUGAAUUUUGCACUAAAAUUACUCAACGUUUUCACCGAACACAUAAUUAUGUAUUUUGAUACAGAAAAAUGUUCGAAAUUUUAUCCUCUUUAAAAUGGUUAUCUGCCGAAAUCUCUUUGUUAAAUCGUUCAAAAGAUCUUGAAGAUCAAAGUUGCGGAAAGUGAUCAAGAUCAAAUUGUGUUACUAUCACCAUUAUCACUUAUCAGUCACUUUCACUUUUGGUGUUGAUCAGUGAUCACUUUAGUCAACUUUGAUCUUCAAGAACUUUUGAACGAUAAAAGGUACAACUUUCGGUAAAUGAUCAUUUUAAAGAGGAUAACAUUACGUGUUCACUGAAAAUGUUGAGUAAUUUUAGUGCAGUUCGAUACUUACCACCUCCAGUUGGUUUUGGCCCCGUUUUCGCCACUUCAAACUUCGAGAACUUUUGAAAAUUUGAACAGUGAAAGGUAGAACUUUCGGGAAAAAACUCAAAUUAUAAAGGAUGAAAUUCCAAACAUUUCAAUUUUUUAAAACACGUAAUUAUGUACUUAUACUUAACAGAUGUAGAAUGCUAAAAUCUGUAAAUGAAAGUAUUCAUGAGAUGGUUAUUUUUUGGCGAAGUGAUUAAAAUUUAACAUCAAUCGAUAUGGAAUUUCAUUCCCUUAAAUUUUAAAGCACAUAAAAGUUUAUCCGAACUCGCGAGCAAUCGAAGAAAAUGUGAGAAGUAUGAACGAACGUAUACUGAUUCUGUCGUUCUCGUUCAUCAUGGAAUAUUAGGAAUGCAAAAGGCUGUAGCUUUCAUUAGUUGCCUUCCCGAUAUUGCGACGGACUUUUCAUCAUCCAACUUUACUUCAUUUUCAGUUUUCACGGUGAUAUUCCUAGCGUCUUUGUACUAUUGUACUUGAGUAAUUAUUUUGUAGUGAAUGUUAUCGAUGGAAUUUCGUGCCCGUGUUGGUUAUGACUGAUUUAUUGUAUGAGAUGUUCUUGAUGAUCCAUACUACAGAUUAAAUAUGGACCAGAAAAGGCGAGAUGAACAGUUUUUUGGAGUUUCAAACUUACCUGAAGAACGUCUCGAUGUCGGCAACCUCAGUAUCACAGGUAAUCGACCAUUGGGCCGUGGUAGAGGUAGAGGCCAUCACCGCGCUCAGGCAAGCACAUCAACCGAUCGUUUUAAAUUCAAGCGCUCUGAACACGACAGAAAUUCUUGGAGAAAUUCUAAUCAAGCUGACAGAGAAUUCAGUAAUAAUACAUCAGAUAAAACUGACUGCGGAUCGAGGAACCUUCAAAUGAGAGAUUGUAAUUCAAAAACUUUCAAUGUAUCUCAAAGAAAAAACAUUCGAGUUCCUGCCAAAAGCUACAACGAUGAAAACGAUUCGUCCGGCGCUGAAAGUACAAUGAGCAGAUCAAGUACGUUUAGCGUUCCGUCAUACCCGCGAUCAUCAUCAUCCGGCAGACAACGUUUUACGCUCUCAGGAACCGAAAGAACUAACAGGUGUGACAGAAAACCUGGGUUGAAUGAGAAAGCUGUUAAAUUUCAAUCCAUUGAAAAUGAACAAGGAUCAAGUCGUGCUGACAGAUAUCACAAGCGCAACCGUAGAAAUGAAUUUAAUGAAAGUAACCAAUGUGAAAACAGAAGUGAAAUGGGUCGUUUUAAAAGACAAAAUGAACGCGAUGAAGAUAGAAAUGGAUCCCGAUCAUUUAACAAAAAUGGCAACAGGAACGAAUCCAAUCGUCCGGGAAAUAAUUCAAGAAAUUAUAAUAAAUCUCAAAGAAAAAACAUUCAAGUUUCUGCCAAAACCUAUGACAAUGAAAACGAUUCAUCCGGCGCUGAAAGUACAAUGAGCAGAUCAAGUACGUUUAGAGUUCUGUCAUCUUAUCCGCGAUCAUCAUCCGCUAGACAACGUCUCACGCAUUCAGGAACCGAACGAACUAACAGGUGUGACGGAAAACCUAUGUUGAAUGAAAAAGCUGCUGAAUUUCAAUCCAUUGAAAAUGAACAAGGAUCUAGUCGUGAAGACAGAUAUCAUAAACUCGACCGCAGAAAUGAAUUCAAUGAACGUAACGAACGUAACAAAAGUGAAAAACGAAGUGAAACGGGUCGUUUUAAAAGACAUAAUGAACACGACGAAGAUAGAAAAGGAUCCCAAUCUUUGAACAAAAAUGGCAACAGGAACGAAUCCAAAAUGUUCAUAGGUUACAAGUAUUUGAAAGCGUUGUCUGAAAAAGAGCCACACGAAAUGAUUCUUGAAAUUCUCAGACCAAAGGCUGAUAUCAAUUUUGUCUUGAAGAGAGAAGUAUUGCAACCGGAUUGGAUCAUACUGAUUAUGGAAACAGUUCGCAAAUUAUGUGACUCUGAUUUUAGAGGUAACAGGAUUCAAAUUUUGCAAUUUUUUUGCGAGUCUUCCUUACUGGAUCAUAUAUCACGUUAUUUGGGUGAAAUCGCCUUGGAAAAUAAUUCAAAAAGGAAUGAAAGUUUGAAUUCUUUUAUAUCUAACCUCGUUGCUUUUUAUUCCGCUGUCAUCAAAACUAUACCGACAGUUGCAGUGGAUAAAAAUUUUAGUAAAUUUUUAACCAAAACUGAAAUGAGCGUUGUUCUGAUAAAACAGUUUUUACCAGUAAAAAUUGACAAAACUGUUGUGGAAGAACUAGCAAAUCUGAAGAAAAUGCUCGAAGAUGAAACCAAUAUACGAGUACGUGAAAAAAAAGUUGAGAAACCUCGUCGACAGUAUUUUGAACCAGUCAGUGAUAUGCCACCUCCGGAUGAUUUUCGCAAAUUGAGUUUAUAUCCAACGCAGGAAGAUUUGAAUCGAUACGAUUUCGGUUUCAUAAGACCAAAUAAAAUAAAAGGAGCGUACGAAGAUGUCAAUCAUUAUUUAGAUGUUCAAUUUCGAUUAAUCAGGGAAGAUUUUGUAGGUCCGUUGAGAAAGGGGUUGCGUAGUUACAAAGAUGCGAUUGCAAUUCAAGCCAAGCCCAAGUACAAAUACGAAAGUGUGCGGUUUUAUCCGAAUGUGCAAAUAGAAAAUAUCGAAGUCACCAAAGAAAAUCAAGUAGCAUAUAUCGUGAAUUUAAACUCGAGUGGAAGAUUGAAAAAUGUAAAAUGGGAAUACAGCAAAUGGUUUAUGUUCGGCUCCUUACUACUAUUUACUCGCGAUAAUUUCGAAUCAUUUUUCUUUGCUAUUGUAUACAACAGAGAUUUAGAAAGGCUGAAAAAAGGGCGCAUUCUUGUCAAAUUGGUUGGAGAUGAGCCAUUGCAGCAGGAAAUGUUGAAUCAGCCAUUCCUCAUGGCAGAAAGCGAAGUAUAUUUUGAACCUUAUUGCCUAGUGAUGAAAGCGCUCAAGGAAUACAACGAGAAUGACUUCCCAAUGAGGCAGUUCAUUGUCAACGGAAACACCGCUGUAGAUCUUCCUGAAUAUAUUAGAAAAUCAGUGGACUUUUACAUUUACGACUACUCCGUUAACCUAGCAUUGAAUAAUAAUUGGCCGAAUCGUUCGAUCAUCGGUUUCGAUGAAUAUCAAUACAACGCGUUCAGGACCGCACUGAGAAGUAAUUUUACUGUGAUUCAAGGUCCUCCCGGUACCGGAAAAACCUAUCUUGGAUUAAAGAUCGUCGAAGUGCUCCUGAAUAAUAUAAAUAUCAACCCCAACGUUUUUAAAACGCCCAUUUUACUGGUUUGUUACACGAACCAUGCUUUGGAUCAAUUUCUUGAAGGAAUUUUGAACUUCACUCAAAGGAUUGUCAGAGUAGGUGGCCAGUCCAAAAGCAACGAGUUGAAACCGUACAAUUUACGUGGUCGAGAAAAUCUAAUAAACCUGCGCAGAGAAGCUAGAAAGUUACAACCAACUAUGAAUAAAUGUCGCGACGAAAUGAAAAGAAUUUUGUUUCAACUAAGAAAAAAGAGCGAGGAAAAGAAAAUAAUCGAAACUCCCGAAGGAAUCUUGUCAUUUGGAAUUUUGAGCGAAGUAAUGAAACCAGUUUUCAAACAGGCAAUAUAUAAUGAACGUAUCUUACUCGAAUGGUUACUGCCGAUAGAAAUCAACGACGAUCCUUCCGUAGCUCAAAACAGUGCUGACCAUAAACUUACCAAUAAUAGUAACGUUGAUUCGGACGAAUCUAUGGAAUUUGAAAAUGACGAAUUUCUCGACGAGGAAGAUGACGAAACAAUGGAAGCGAAUAUGCUGGUUAAUGACGAUGAAGUUUUUGACGAGCAAGAAAUACGCACAACUGAUAUGUCCGUGAAGUAUUGCGUUUCAGUGGAAGGUUUAGAAAAAGCAUUGCUCGAAACCGAUUCGAAGUUGUCAGAGUUGGAAAAAAAUCAACACAAAUUUGAGGACUUCAGCGAAUAUCAUAAUGCGGAAUGUGAGUUAAUUGAGGAGCUCAAAAACACUAACAUUCGACAUAGAAUGUUGGAGUUUUAUCUUCAUAGAGCUGCAUUGGAUUCGUCUGAGGAGUAUAAUCCACCUUAUGUCAACUUACACGAGAUACCAAUUGAUCAACGAUGGCGUAUUUAUUGGAGUUGGGUAUCGGCAUUGAAAAAUAAUUUCACGAAGCAGUUAAAAAAUUUGGAUGCUGAUUAUCGUUCCAAGUUGCAACAGUAUGAAGAACUCAAACAAAUAGAGGACCUUCAUGUUGUGAAAAACUCUCUUGUUGUAGGAAUGACUACGACAUGUGCCGCUCGGCUUCAGCUUUUAUUGAAAACAUUGAGUCCCGCAGUUGUGAUAGUCGAAGAAGCGGCCGAAGUAUUGGAGGCUCAUAUUGUAGUUUCGUUGAGCAAAAAAUGCGAACACGUAAUUUUGAUAGGUGAUCACAAACAGCUGAAACCGAGUGCCGCCGUUUAUGAACUAUCAAAACACUAUAACAUCGAUGUCUCGUUAUUCGAACGCAUGAUCAACAAUCACAUGUAUUGUCCUCAGCUGCAGAUUCAGCAUCGAAUGCGACCCGAAAUAUCAAGCCUGAUUGUACCAUCGAUCUACCCUGAUCUAAAAAAUCACGAGUCUGUUUUGGAAUAUCCUUCUGUCAAGGGAAUUACCAAAAACUUAUUCUUUGUUGAACAUAAUGUUUAUGAAGAACAGGUAGAUAAUUCAUCUUCAAGAAAAAACAAAUUUGAAGCAGAUUUCAUGAUACAAUUAUGCCGCUACAUUCUUCUUCAAGGCUACCCUGCAGACCAAAUUACGAUUUUGACCACUUAUACUGGUCAAAUGUUCCUCUUGAGAGAGAUGAAGCGCGAUCACGCUAUUAUGAAAAGCGUGAAAGUCAUUGUAGUUGACAAAUACCAAGGCGAAGAAAACAAUAUCAUACUACUAUCACUAGUGCGAAGCAACAAGGAAGGAAACAUUGGUUUCUUGAAUAUUGAAAAUCGUGUCUGCGUUGCUCUGUCGAGAGCGAAAAUUGGAUUGUACAUAAUCGGAAAUAUGGAUAUCCUGUCGAGUUCCAACUUAUGGAAAAACAUUAAAGAAGAGUUAAUUCAGCAGAAAGCCAUUGGACCGAAGCUGACAUUGUAUUGCGAUAAGCAUGAUGUGUAUACACAAGUAUCUCUCAAGAAAGAUUUUAAUAAUGUUAUUGAAGGUGGCUGUCAUAACUUCUGCCAUGAAAUUAUGGAUUGCGGACACAAAUGUCAACUUUUGUGUCAUAAAAUCGAUAUGGAACAUUUGGAGAAGACGUGUCGUGAAAAAUGCUUGAAAAAAUGCAUCGAAAACCACGAGUGCAAAAAGUACUGCUACGAGGACUGCGGACAGUGUACUGUACCAGUUGAACGUGCCUUACCUUGUGGCCACAUGGUUACCUUGCAGUGUUUCAAAGAUUACCUGCAACAUCCCUGUCAAGUUGAAGUCAGUGUUGUUCUAGAACAUUGUUUGCAUGAAGUCAAAAAGAAAUGUCACCAGUCAAUUGAAGAAGUCCAUUGUACUUUCCCUUGUGAAGAUCGGCUGGAAUGUGGUCACCAAUGCGUUAAAAACUGUCAUAAGACCAAUGAUCCUGAUCAUUUAGAAUAUAAAUGUAAAAAGCCGUGCGAUAAAAUAAAUGACGGAUGUUCCAAGGAGCAUAAAUGUGAAAAGUUAUGUUUUGAAGAUUGCGGAAAAUGUAAAGUACGCGUUGAUUUUGCAUUGGUAUGCGGUCACUCGAUCAAUCUUAUGUGCUCCGCCAAUCUGGAUAGAGUAAAAUGUUACAAUCGGUGCAAUAGAAAAUGUUCUGAUUGUAAUGUUAUUUGCCCAAAGAAAUGUUACGAGGAUUGUAAACCUUGCAAGAACAUAGUGAAAAAACGUGUACCAAAUUGUGGUCACGAAAUAAAAUUGGAAUGUUCGGUAGCACCAGAACAAAGAUUAUGCCGAGAACAAUGCCAGCGUGUUACAAUUUGCGGCCACAAAUGUAAGUCACUCUGCGGAGAAUUAUGCGGCACGAAGCGAUGUGAAGAAAUAGUCAAGUCUAAUCGUGUUCGAGCGUUGUGUGGUCAUGAAUACGCCAAUGUUUCGUGUUGGAGAAGAAACGAAACAAUCGAUGCAGAAGAAUUGCUUCCUUAUUGCUCUGAACUAUGUGACGGGCUUCUAAAAUGUGGCGAUCUUUGUACUGGUACUUGUGGCUCUUGUUGGCAGGGUCGUUUACACAAAACUUGUGAAAAUAAAUGCGGCAACGUUUUGGUUUGUGGCCAUAGUUGUUCAUUUCCUUGUCGAAACGUAUGUCCACCCUGCACCAAAAACUGCCAAUACCGGUGUAAACAUUCCAAAUGUCCAAAGAAAUGUGGUGUGCCUUGCGUCCAUUGCAAAGAAAAAUGCGAAUGGCGGUGUGCUCAUAAGAGAUGUUCUAAGAAAUGCGGAGAUGUUUGCGAUCGAGACCCAUGUUACGAACCUUGCGCUAAAAAAUUGAAGUGUGAUCACGACUGCAUCGGAUUUUGCGGAGAGCCUUGUCCAGAUAAAUGUCGUAUUUGCGAUCAAGACGAAGUUACUACUAUUCUUUUCGGUAACGAAGACGAAGAAGAUGCGAGGUUCGUUUUGCUAGUAGAUUGUGGUCAUUACAUCGAGUCUGAAGCGAUGGACAGGUACAUAGCUUUACCUGCUGAAAAAGGCGAAAUAGUUAUGAAAGUGUGCCCUAUCUGUAAAACGCCGAUCGCGAAAACACUACGUUAUAUGAAUCAAGUGAAAAAGGUUUACCAGGAUAUCCUAAAUGUGAAGAAGAAAAUAUAUGGUAACGAAAAAGAAAUGAAAGAGAUUCGCGCGCGCUUGACGCAAAAACUGCUUAGUUUGGAUUUGAACAACGAUCAAUUGUUCAGAAAAGAACUGCAUUUGAUUCCUAAAACGGUAAUUGCAUUCAAUAAAAAAUUGGAAUUGCGUGGCAAACAGUCGCAUAUAUCAAAUCAAGCGCUUAGAGCAAUGCAUUUUUUCGCCGAUAUGUUCUCUAGUAUCAUCUCUCGUUUGAAUGAUUUGAGCGAAUGUACCGAAAGUAGACAAUUGCGUAUAUUCAAAAAAUUAGAAUUAAUUUUAAAGCGAGUGGAUCCCGAAGCGCUACUGAUAAAUACGCAACAAGUUGACGACUUGGAAAGAGAAUUGAACAGAUAUCACCGAAUGGUGGACUUUUGCGUAUGUCAGAACAACCCGCAGUAUAAAAUCAACCGAUAUUCGCCGAGUGUAAUGGGCAUUACUGUUGAUAUCAGUAACAUUUUAUACGGAUUAAAAUGCUUUGAUAAUGAUCAAGAUGCUCAAAUCGGCGAACUAUUCGAAAAACUUCGAAAAGAAUUAAAAAGUGCUCCAUUAUCGCAAGAAGAAAAGCGAAUGAUCCACACAGCAAUGGCGAAAGAUUUUUAUGGUGGAGUGGCCAGUCAAGGGCAUUGGUUUACCUGUACGAAUGGACAUUACUACUGCAUCACAGAAUGCGGCGGAGCGAUGCAAGAAAGCAAAUGUCCGGAAUGUGGUGAAAAAAUUGGUGGAACUGAACACCGAUACGUGGAAACUGCGCGAGUAGCUUCGGAUAUGGAUGGUGCAACCAGACCAGCGUGGUCUAGCGGCGCUGAUAUAAGGAAUUUCCAUUUUGAUUAAUGCCUUAUUUUAUACCUAUAAUAAUGUGUAAAUUUUAAUCUAGUUGACAUUAUCCCCGUUCAUUUUCGAGUGCGGUGUAACACGUUGGAAAUUCCCUACUCUCAUUCAUUCGAAUCUCAUUCUUCAUGUGCGAUUUUUUUAAAAAAAAAAAAAAAAAAGGUUGGUUGCUGUACAUUAACGAGGAAAUUUUAAUACAGGUCAGUUCGAUUUUGAAGGGUUUCGUCAAGAACUUCUCGUUCAAAUACCCGAAAAAGUAAACAACACGUCGAACAGAAAAGGAUGUUCCGAAUUGAAAUCAUUACUUAUUGCCGGCGAAUCUUUCAUAAAUAUCGCUGAAA